AUGUUGUACACGUUCCUGUUUGCGGGCGGCCUCGCCGCCCUGUACUUGAUCCAUAUCAACGCCGUGAUGAAACGGACCCCCGAGGAAGCCCGCCGGUUUUCACCCACUCGCUGGUCCGUUGAGAAGUGCAAGGAGACCUAUGAAAAGGUCCUUCAGAAUGGUAUCGAUCUCACCGACACUUUACCACCAAAACAGUCGCGUCGGUACAUUGUUAUUGGCGGCUCUGGCCUCGUGGGCGGUUGGAUCGUUUCCCAUCUUCUGGCACGCGGCGAAGAUCCUGCUUCACUGCGCAUUCUGGAUCUUCAGGCACCACCUCCCGACAUUAUUGAGCGCGGCGUAGCCUAUGUCAAGACCGAUAUCACAGAUCGAGUUGCCGUAUCCGCCGCAUUUGAGCGUCAAUGGCCCGCCACAGUCGCUGAUCAACCUCUGACAGUCUUUCAUACGGCGGCGGUCAUCCGACCUUAUGAGCGCUUUGAAAGAUAUCUGCCACUGAGUACAAAGGUCAACGUUGAUGGCGCUCAAAAUGUUCUCGAAGUUGCCCAGAAGAGCGGCGCCACCUGCUUCAUCUCUACUUCAUCUGGUUCCGUGAACCUGCAUAGGCCGGACUUUUGGAUCGCACCGUGGGAGAACUUGCCGCGACGAGCGGUGCAGGUCUUGAGCGAUGAAGCCAAGCUGCCUCAGCGCCAUGAGGAGUACUUCAGCAACUAUGCCCGGACCAAACUCGAGACGGAACGCUUCAUCUGUGCGGCCGACAACCCACACAGCGGAUUUCGCACGGGCUGUAUUAGACCCGCGAACGGCAUCUACGGGGUUGGAAAUGGCAGUAGCGCCGGAUCGGUUACUGGCAUGUAUCUGCGCAACGGUGGAAGUCCCACUUGGACCCAUCACAUCAUACACAGCUUCGUCAACGCCGAGAAUGUCUCUAUAGCUCAUCUUCUCUACGAGCAGCGGCUCAUUGAGCAGUCGAACCCGUCCAGCACUCUGCCCAAUAUCGGUGGUCAAUCGUUUGUGGUCACCGAUCCAAAUCCCGCAAUCGCUUUCCAGGACAUCUAUACUCUUCUCAUCAAUUUUGCCAAAACGCCCAUAUCUUUCCCUUCUGUACCGCCUCUUCCGCUGUUCAUGAUCGCGUACCUCGUCGAGGCGUACGUCUACAUCCAGGAUGCGUGGUUACCGUGGCUUUUGCCCAAGGUGAAGGGUGACUUGCUGCAACUCCAGCCUGCGCUCUUUGCGAUAUCAGAUGUCUUCUGCAUUGCGGAUGAUUCACGCGCUCGCAAGGCGCCGGCAGAGGGCGGAUUGGGAUAUCGACCCACCAUGACUACGUUGGAGGGUAUGUGCAAAGAGCUGGUUCAUUGGAAUCAGAAUGUGACGGCGAAGACCAUUAAGGAAGUACAGAAAAACGUGUCAGAGGGGCCUGUGUCGGUCGGUGAGGAGGGUCUUGAAGUCAAGCUUGUCCUACCGGAGAAGAAACUGUAA